GCAAAAACCACCAAAGAACAACACUCCUUUUAACGCGUUAACGUAUAUCUAUUAUAUCUAUAGUAGUGUACUAUUUGUUCAGACAACAACAACGACGCUCUAUUAGCAAGCCCCAGCAGUGGCUACAGCAGAGACAAACAGGAACGCAAACAGAGCAGCAAGGCUGAGAAUAAGGUUCCAUGGAUCCCGACGGCUCUCGAGAUCAUCCUGCGGAUCAAGGAGAUGACACCCGUGUACCAGUACCAGCCAUGCUUCCUGUAGCUUCAGCGACUCCUAUUGUGAAUCAGACUACUAUUAGCACUGCUACCGAGACUCCGCUUGUUCCGGUGGAACUCUUGGACGAUACAGUGGAUGAAGCAGAAGAAACUCCUCUUUCCCUACCCAGAAAAGGAUUGCGCAACAAUCACAAUGGCCCCACAACCACAGCCACAGCCACAACAAAUCAACAAGUAACCGCCACAAGAGAACGUACAUCGGCAGCUGUGGCCAAACAUGGACUCAGACAGAGACCCAACCAAGCUCAUUCAAACCAAGCUCAGACAGCUGUUAUUGUUCAUGAUGGUGCUGACACUCCUCAAGCUACCGCUGCUACGUUCGCUGCUGGCCAUAAUGCCAGCAGCAUCAAUAACAACAUGCUUGAUGAAUCGGAAUCCAGGCUGUUGGUUCCAAAUUCCUCUUCAUCUGGAGGCCUUUGGACAAGUUCCAUGAUCCAUGCCAAGACAGAGGCAGUCAACGAUUCACCAGUGACGAGCCCACCUCAGCAUGGUCUUGGAGAGCAAGACACAGAAGCACCAAACCCACCCGGCACUUCGUUGACACUCAACACUGUUACAUCCACUGGAGAAGAUGUUGGAUUCUGA